ACGAAACGAUUUGCCAACGAACACAACUUACUCGACCAAGUGCUUAUGUCCUGUGAAUUUGUUUUAAACAAAAGUGUAAAAACUAUGAAAACCAAAUACCAAGAGCUAAUGACCAACAUGAACACUUUGAAGGAUAAAAUGGGGACAGUUUUACAUUAUGAAUCAAGAGAAGUAACUAAUGAACAGAACUCGAUCAUUUGGGACACGGUAUGUCGCAGCUUGGAGGCAAUCCUCGACCGAAUCAGGGUCAACGAAUUGAAGGCUCAACAGCUUCAAGAAACAUCACCUACAACGGAAAAAGAUUUACUAAAUGUACUGAAAAUGAUGACAUUGAUGGAUGCUAUUUUUAUCGAUACUUCCAAAGUACUAGACGAUUCGAAAUCAGGAGAUACCAAUCAGAACAGUCCCUCGUUUGCUGAUCAGAUGGUUAGCAUAAAGCACAACAUCGAUUUAGUUUCACUCGAAUUGACCAAAAUUAAAACAGUAAACGAGACGCUGGCAAAUAUUGUAUCGAACUACAAUCUAGAAUUGGCGGUGGCGACCAGUGAUCAUGAGAACGACGGAGAUAGUCCAAAUAUAGAUCAAAACAAUGUUUGAACCGGUCAAUAACUUAUUUUAUGUACUGAAUUAAUGCCUGCGCCAAUUCUUCUUGAAACUGAAACCGGUUGUUUUGUAUCUAUGAGACCUUACACUUGUUAACAGGAUGCUCAAAAUAAGGAAAUAAAGCAAAUAAAAGGUUUUGAU